GGCGCCGUGCGUACGCGGUGACGUCGUGCCUGCGCGGGAAGUUUCCGAGAGGAGCGCGGGACCCGAGGCUCCCCAGGACGCGCGCCUUCUCGCUUCCCGGAGCCGCUGCUUCACGGGCCGUGCCACCGACCGUUCCCGGGCGCGCUUCCGCCUGCCAGGCCAUGACGGAGGAGCUGGAUGUGCUGGGACACGACUCGGACGGGGGUAGUGACGAGGUGAUCCUGACUCCCGCCGAGCUCAUCGAGAGACUGGAGCAGGCCUGGAUGAAUGAGAAGUUUGCCCCUGAGCUGCUGGAGAGCAAGUGUGAGAUCUUGGGUCCCUCCGGAGCACCUGGCCCCCAUGAGAGCAAUCUCAGGAGAGCCCCGAAGGGGGACCUGAAGGUUAGCAUCCACCGGAUGGAGCUGGAGCGGAUCCGCUACGUGCUCAGCAGCUAUCUACGGUGCCGACUCACGAAGAUAGAGAAGUUCUUCCCACACAUCCUGGAGAAGGAGCAGGCGCGGCCCGAGGGGCAGCCGUCCGGCCUGUCUCUGGAGGAGCUGGUCUUCGCCAAAGAGUACCUGGCUAACACAGAGGCCUACCUCAGAAACGUCGCCUUAAAGCAUAUGCCGCCCAACCUGCAGAAGGUGGACCUCCUGAGGGCAGUUCCCAAACCUGACCUGGAUUCCUACGUGUUUCUGAGAGUGAAGCAGCGACAGGAGAACAUCCUGGUAGAGCCCGAGACCGACGAGCAGAGGGACUACGUCAUCGACCUGGAGGAAGGCUCGCAGCACCUGAUCCGAUACAAAACCAUCGCGCCUCUGGUCGCUUCUGGAGCCGUGCAGCUCAUUUAAAACCGGAAGUCCACGGGCGUGGAGCCGUGGGGCCUGGGCGAGGGAACAGCAGGAGCCCUCAUCUCACUCUGUGCCCUGUGCCCGGGGACGCAGUGGCAGAAGUGCCCAGUCUGUCCUGGGCGAUGAAGACAGGCCCCGCAGUACUGCCUGCCUGCCAUUCCGGCCGGGACCAGCAGAGGGGGCCCUAGCUCCGUGUCAUGCGCCCUUCCCUCUGCGGCGCUCUGAGCGCAGGGCAGCGGGCGGGGGCUGCGCCUGACCCCCGGGGCUUCAGGUGUGCAGCAGGAGGCCCCGGGCCAGCGGCGCUCAGCCUGCGUGCGCUCCCCGCGGGCGACCUGCGGCCCUCGCCCAGCCCCCCACCCCCGUCCACGGGCUCCCGUGUGCGCGCCUCGGCAGCCCUCCGCUUUCUCAGGGGGGUCUCGCAGCGCCUGCGGCCAGCGAAGCAGGGACGGUUCCGUGGGGCGUGGUGGAGAGCCCCCGCUUGUCCGUCUCUUGCCUGCUGGAGUCGUGGUCAUUUCCUGAGACAGGCGGGGGGUGCUGGGGGAUAUGGCGCUCACUGCCAAGACAAACCUAGAGGAGCGCGAAGGUGUUCACUAAUAAACACAUUGAUACCCCU